AUUUUAUCUUGUCCAAGAAUCACAUUCCUCAUCCAUCUCCUAUGCCUCUCUGAUCAGAUUAUAAAGUCAAUCGUUUCGAUUUGAGAAUUGGCACAAGUCAUAAUAAUCUUCUUUGCAACCCUAACUUUUGUUCUUCAGGAUAGGUUGAUUUUAGUAUUUUACCCAUCAAAAAGAGAACAAUAUAUCAUUUCUUUGAUGGGCACGGUAGAGACACCAUCGAAAAACCCAGCUGGGUGUUCAUCUCCUUCGCCAGAAAAUGACAAGAAUGAGCUCAGAGAAGCUCUUUGUGCUCUGAAAGGAGGGGCAAUAGAAAACGGAGUAGGUUUUUCAAGUCAUGGAAGCCAAGGUGAUGAUGAUGAUGGUGGUGGAGGUGGUGUUGAAUUGGUUAAGAACAGGGUUAGGUGUGACUCUGUUGGGAGAGAAGUGGAAGAUGGUUGUCAAGGUUUGGCUGAUUCGGAGAUGAAUGGGGUCUCCUCUUUGUUGAAAAUGAAAGGAAGUGGGAGACGGUUGACGUAUUCCUUUGGAAGUGAUAGUGGAGAUUCUGAGAAGUUGAACUAUGGAAGUGGUGGUUCUUUUGGUGUUGGAAUGGAAAGAGGAAGAAAAUAUUGGAAGAGAAGUGAAGAAGAAGGUGAUCAAUUUGGAAAAGUUGUGAGUAAAGAUGUUCUGGUUACUGAGACAAGUGAGAAUAGGGACUUGGAUGUGGAAGAUUUGGGUGAAGAAGGACAUGGGUUUUCUGUUGGUGAUUUUGUUUGGGGUAAAAUUAAGAGUCAUCCUUGGUGGCCUGGCCAAAUUUAUGACCCUUCGGAUGCAUCGGAUUUUGCUUUGAAGCUAAGACAGAAGAACAGACUCCUUGUGGCCUACUUUGGGGACGGAACCUUUGCUUGGUGCCAUCCUUCUCAAUUGAAGUUGUUUCGGGAGAACUUUCAGGAUAUGGUGAAGCAGAGUAGCUCAAGGUCUUUUGUCAAUGCUGUGCAGGAAGCUGUAAAUGAAGUGGGGAGGCUGGUAGAGAUCAAAACAAAUUGUUGUCCAUGUGCUUCGGAGGAAACUAGGUCUGACUUCGCUCUGCCAUUGGCUAAGAAUGCUGGAAUCAAGGAAGGAGUUCUUGUGCCUGGAAAUGGUGUAGAGAGAUUUUUGGAUUUUCUGAUUAACCCAGCAGAGUUACUUUCUCAAGUAAAACAAAUUGCGGAAAUUAUUGCCGUUACUAAUAUGCUGGACCUGGAAAUCUUGAAGGCUCGGCUUUCUGCCUUUCAUCUAGCAAGAGGAGGUUAUAAGUUACCUAAGUAUGAAGAACCCCUGCCAGUUCCUGGGCUUGAAGAUAGUUCAAUGGAUGAAAGAGUAGAUGUAGGUAACAUUCAGGGUGGAGUGGAAGCACAUGUCCAAGGGCCAUCCGAAGACGACUACUCUACUGUGCCGACGAACCCAGAGUCUCUUGAACUGAGUUAUUCUCAUGAGAUUUCAGGAAAUAGGUCGACUCAUAGGAUUAAACAGAAAAGCAUUGCUGAAAUUUUGAGGGAAAACAAAGUUGUUAGUACCAAAAGCAAGGAGGAAGGUACAAUGGAAAAAAUGAAGGUUAAAAGUAAGAGGAAAAGCAGUGAGGAUGCAGUGGCUUCUAAACCAUUGCAGAAGAGGAAAGAAUCACUCCCGAGCACUGAUAGAAAUUUGACAAAUGCUGCAAAUGAUGUCAGUAUUGGCAAGGUAAAAAGAGAUAAGGGCACACCAUCACAGUUGAAGGAGAAGAAAGAAGCUUUUGGGAAUGAAAACAAUAGAAGUGGGAGGAAAAAGAAGCCUAAAGAAGGGAAUCCCAAAGAACAAAAUGAGAAGGGUUCUUUGUCAAGAGAAAGGAAGAAAAGCAAGUACUUGUCCCCUCCCUUCACUACUCCAGCCAAAGGGCAGAGGAAGGAAGACUUAGAUAAAGAAUCCCAUAAAGAUUCUGACAAAGCUCAUGUUUCUGAAGCAAUGCCCAGAGAAGGCAACCAGUUUCACAAGUCCCCUGAACCUCCAAAAUUUAACGGUGAGGCAGUUCAUAAGUCCCCUGAAAGUUCAAACUACCAAACAUCAGAAGACAAUAACAAGGUUAUUGAUCCAGCAAAAGUAGAGACUCCUGCAGUGGAAGUUUUAUCCAAAGUCCGCCAUGCAGCUAUAAAUCCAUUAGUACCUGGGGAAAUCAGUUCUCUUGAAAAUUUUGUGGACUUUGUUUCUGUCUUUAGAAGCUCAUUGUAUCAGGAAGGAUCGUACUACAAGGUAUAUAAGAAGCACCAACGUGGCAGGAAGAGAAAGAACCCAGAAUCUGAACUUAGGAAGCUGAAGAAAGAUGAAAAGCAAACCAACCAGAUAUCACCUAAUGAUGUUUCUGAGCCGAGAAAGCGAAGAAGGAAGGAAACAAUGUCUGGAGUACCUGAAGAUCAGAAGCAAGCUGCUGAAGCUAAGGCUGUCAAAGGGAGUGAUGAAAAUGUUUCAUCAGUUGCACUUUUGGUCUCAUUUGAGCCUGGAUCCUCUCUGCCUUCAAAAUCUGACCUUAUCACACUGUAUAGUAAGUUUGGGGCGCUGAACGAAUCGGCAACAACUGUAUUCUCUAGUAAUUACUCUGCUCAAGUGUCUUUUCUGAAAGCUUCUGAUGCCAAAAAAGCCUUGAACCAUACGCAAAGUGCAAGCCCUUUCGGAUCUUCCAAAGUCAGAUUCAAGCUCAGUUACCUUUCUGCUGAAUCCAAGUCUGCGAAAAAGGGCGAAAAAUCAAAGUCCAAAGCAUCUCAGGUUAAGGAGAAAGAUAAGACUCCAAUCAAGCCAUCUGAUUCGUUGUCCCCGGAGAAGGAAGCAUCCCAAUUGAACCACAUAAAGCAGAAGCUCGAGUAUCUGUCUUCGAUGCUUGAAGCAUCAAAUGGGAAAUCACAAGCUAUGAAGACAAAAUUGAAGAGCGGGAUUAAAGAGCUUUUGGAGGACGUGAACAAAAUGGUUGACUCAUCAUCAUCAUAGAUCGUAAUACAUGGAAUAUUGGUAAAGUGAUACAUAUGUAGCUAAUAAUUAGGUUAGGUUUAAGAUUUGUUGUUUUCUUUAGAGGUUUCUGUUUGUUUCGUUUUUGUGCUUAGAUUUAUUUCAGAGGAAAAUUUUUUCAUUUUCUUGUGUAGAGUAUGUAAUAUGUUGUAUGCAUAGUCUGUAUAAACCAAAAAGCCUUUUAGAUCAUCGUGUCUGUUAUCAUAGUGAUGAAAACAGCUUUUAAAGGAUCAUUUCUUUUAACCUGACUCGUUUGUGAAGAACCAAUUGAUUCC